AUCAAAAGGGGUCCAGCACAUUCCCUUCCACCAGCUCUGCACCGGCAAACUGCUUGACUUUAUUAUAGUAUUAGAACCUAUAUUCUUUACUUGAAACAUUUGCCACUAGUUGCACACAUACGUAGUUAUGGCUGCGCCACUAAAAGUAUGCAUUGUUGGUUCAGGAAAUUGGGGCUCUGCUAUUGCAAGAAUUAUUGGCACCAAUGCACAGAAACUCCAGUGCUUCGCCACCACUGUUAAGAUGUGGGUGUAUGAAGAAAUGGUCAACGGCAGAAAGCUGUCUGAGAUAAUCAACACAGAGCAUGAGAACGUCAAAUACCUUCCAGGUUACAAACUUCCAGAGAAUGUGGUUGCAGUGCCACAGUUGCGGGACGCUGCAGAUGAUGCUGACCUCCUCGUAUUUGUUGUCCCGCACCAGUUCAUCCGAAAAUUGUGCGAUGAGAUGGCGGGCUGCAUCUCAGAGAAAGCUCGAGGAAUUACAUUAAUUAAAGGCAUUGAUGAAGGACCAGAAGGAUUGAAGCUCAUCUCUGACAUCAUUAGGGAAAAAAUGGGCAUCGAUGUUAGUGUCUUAAUGGGGGCCAACAUUGCCAAUGAAGUGGCGGCUGAGAAAUUCUGCGAGAGCACCAUUGGCAGCAAGGUUUUUGAGAACGGCAUCCUCUUCAAAGAGCUCCUGCAGACACCUAACUUCAGAAUCACUGUGGUGGAUGACGCUGACACAGUGGAGCUCUGUGGAGCCCUCAAGAACAUUGUUGCAGUAGGUGCAGGCUUCUGUGAUGGCCUGCAGUGUGGAGACAACACCAAAGCAGCAGUCAUCCGCCUUGGCUUGAUGGAGAUGAUCGCCUUUUCCAAACUGUUCUGCAAAGAUGACUCCGUUUCAUCCGCCACGUUCCUCGAGAGCUGCGGCGUUGCUGACCUGAUCACCACUUGCUACGGGGGGCGUAACCGACGCGUGGCAGAAGCUUUUGCCAGGACAGGCAAGAGCAUUGAGGAACUGGAGAAGGAGAUGUUAAAUGGACAAAAGCUUCAGGGACCGUUGACUUCUGCUGAGGUCUAUCAUAUCCUCAAACAGAAGGGCCUAGUAGAUAAAUUCCCUCUGUUUACGGCUGUGUAUCAGAUCUGUUUUGAGGGAAAGCCAGUUCAGGACAUGAUCACCUGCCUGCAGAGCCAUCCAGAGCACCUGUGAAGGUCUCACAUGGACCAGAACCUACGGUGUCCCCAGCAGCCACGUCCUCAGCCCCCUUCUCUUUUUCCUCUCAUCCUCUGGGUGGCCCUACCUCUAACAAUUUGUCUUUUGGUUUUUAUUGUUAUAUAAACAUAUACAGUGUUUUAUUUUGUUCAAGGAUUUUCAUCCUAGGUCCAGUUCUACACUAAUGGUUAGGUUUGAACUCAGGUUUUUCUUUCCGACCUUUCAGGUUUUGUCAUCGUACAUGACAGAAUGUACUCAAAGUACUUAAGAGUUAAGGGAUAAUUUUUGGAAUUAAAGGAAUAUUCUGGGUUCAAUUCAAAUUAAGCUCAAUCGACAGAAUGUAUAUUAUAAUGUUGAUUACCACAAAAACUCAUUUAGACUACUAUGUCCUUUUUUUUUUUUUUUUUUUUUUAUAUAAAGUAAAAGCAAAAAUCAGGAUUACUUCUGCUGUUGUAGACACUUACAGUGGAAGUGAAUGGGGCCAGUAUUUGGAUGUUUUAAAGGAUAAAAUGUGAAGCUUAUAAUUUUAUAAAAGCACUUACAUUAAUUCUUCUGUUAAAACUCAUGUAUAAUUUGAGCUGUAUAGUUGUUGACAUCGUCAUGGCAACGAAGUUGUAAAAUUGGCUAUAAUUUUGCACAGAAAAGGUUAGCAAGUGAUUUUAUAACACUAAAAAUCAUGUUAACACACAUAUUGUUUACGUCUUGUGACUAUACUUUUGAAAUAGUGAGUAUUUUAAAGUUUACAGAUUGGCCCCAUUUACUUCCAUUGUAAGUGCCUAACUGGAGCCCAAAUUUUUGGCUUUUUUAAAUAAAAGGAGGCACGAGCCUAAAUAAAUUUUUGUGGUAAGCAACAUAAUGCCACAAAUGUUGUCAAUUUGAGCUUAAAUUGUAUUGAACCUGGAAUAUUUCUUAAAAGUGCAGCCAUGGGUUAUCUACUCGGGUUAUUAAGCCAAUAUGGAAUUUUUAACUAUUUCUCUCUGUCUGACUGCCCUCUUGUGGAUGCUCCACAAAAUCACCUCACUGACAGAUGGGAAAAGUGGGAUUUAGAAAAAAAAAAAACGUAUUAGUGUAGAGAGGAUUCCUUUGUAUAACCCGUCUACAUUGAGACCAAGCAACGUAGUGCGAUAAAAUCCAAAGUCAUGUCCCUUGGUGCUUUGAGAUCCAGUGGAACCAGCAUAAUACCACUUUUUUUAAGAAACUCCAAUACUUCUACACACAAGUUAUUCAACACAAGGGCAAGCAAGAUGAUUAAAAUGAAGAGUCAUUUAAAUGUUGACACUGCCAUUUACAUUUGAUUAACAUGCUGAGAGAAUUUGUGAAUAGGAUGCAUGAGAUGAACUAAGCUAGAUGAUUUCUUUAAUGUGAAGAUGCCUUUCAACUAACUGAUCAGGAGAUUUUCUCAGACAGGUCAAAAUACUUGAAUGGACUCACUCUGGGAAUCAAGGUUGUUUUGUGAGUAGCUUUCUAAAGUUUUGUUUUUAGAGGACACUAUAUUAUAUAAAAGGAGUUCAAGUCUGUCAUCUCAACUUCCCAGCCCCUUCUAAGACUAAGUGCAUUGAUUAGACACACUGGGAACAUGCCUAUUAUAAAAUAUGGGUUUUUUAGAUAACAUGCAUACAGUAAAUAAAAGCAUAUUUACAGGACUUUGAACCAGGUUACAGUUAAAAUUCAUUGUUACAUAUCUAAACUUCAAGAAUGCAUUAAAAUCAAGUGGUUAUCUGGAAUUUGAGCAUCCUGAAAAAGUUCAAACUACCACAUUCAUCUUCAGUUCAUUGUGAUAUUUCAAUGUUACUGUGUUAGCACCUAACAUUUUUAUGACGAAUAAUAUUCAAAUACAUAACCUGUAGUUGUACUGUUAAAAUAAUGAAAGAAUGGUUUAGUGAGAUAUGUAGAUGUCUUUUCUAUUGUCAAAUGAGUGAUACAGGAGCAGCUACUGUUUGGCUCCAAAAAAGGCCUUUUCUGAUAGCACUAUAUUUCUUUAGUGUGAACAGAUCUGUUGGACAGAUGCAAAAUAUUAUCCCUUUAGUAGAUAUGUCAAAGUGUUUCACCUUAUUUGCUGCUUUUAAUUUUUUUUUUUUUUUAACACAGUGUUCUUGUAAUGUGCUGUUAUUAUAAGUGUCUGAAUAAUCAUACUAAAGUAUUAAACGACAAAAUAUUUUCAAGUACCCAAUAUAAAACUCCGGUGGAUUUAAAUUGUGUUAAACAGAAGGUGUUGCAUAGCAUUUUGUUGUAUGAACUCAUUCUAUAUUCUCUCUAGUGGAAAACAAUGUGAUGACAGUUGCAAGUUGUAUGUUUUAACAGUUGUGAACGAGACUGAACGUUUAAUCAAGUGCUGCUUUUAAAGUUAACCAUUAAAAUUAUCUCUGUGCUUAUUGUUUGACUUCCAUAACCUUUCCAUUAUCUUGAUUUUAUUAAGUUCAGGCUCUUUCUUAAAGAUCUUGAACUCAAACAUAAGAUUUUAAAACAUUUAGAAGAACUGAAUAUUCAAAGAAAGGUAUAUACACUCACUGAGCACUUUAUUAGGAACACUAUGGUCCUAAUAAAGUUCCUGACGUGGUCUUCUGCUGUUGUAGCCCAUCUGCCUCAAGGUUCGACAUGUUGUGCAUUCCGAGAUGCUAUUCUGCUCGCUACAAUUGUACAGAGGGGUUAUCUGAGUUACCGUAGCCUUUCUUUAAGCUUGAACCAGUUUGUCCAUUCUCCGUUGACCUCUCACAUCGACAAGGCGCUUCCGUCCGCAGAACUGCUGCUUAUUGAAUGUUUUUUGUUUUGGGCACCAUUCUGAGUAAAUUCUAGAGACUGUUGAGUGUAAAAAUCCCAGGAGAUCAGCAGUUACAGAAAUACUCAAACCAGCCCAUCUGGCACCAACAAUCAUGCCACGGUCAAAAACACUGAGAUCACAUUUUUCCCCAUUCGGAUGGUUGAUGUGAACAUGAACUGAAGCUCCUGACCCGUAUCUGAAUGAUUUUA